UCAACUCAUUUAACCGUUAACAACUCAACAUAAUUCGUUGAAUGUGGAGGAUAGAAGAUUAGAAGUACCAAUGAUUCCUCUCUGUUCUCUCCCACGCAGCCGGCAACCCAACCCUGCCGGAACAGCAAACCAAAUUCCUUCACAAACCACUAAAACCUUCAAUGCUGGUUCCUCCAUUGUAGACAUAUCUCAUGACUCAUGUCAAGGGCCGCAGAGAUUUCUCCUUCCAAAUUUCCGUCCAAAACAACAACUCCACCCUACAUUAUAUCUAUAUUGACCAUGUGCAAGCUCAUUGGUUAGUUGACAUCUUGCAGAUGGCCAUGGACAACAACUGGAGCUUUCCUAAACUAUGUGUCAAGAAGAGUGGGAGGCGUUAUGUACACGCGGGAAUGUACAGUCGUCAUGGAGAAAAGUUCCUGAAAAUUUCAGAGUUGUGUCCCAAUGGGAAAGUUUUCUUUGUUUGCAUUCCAGCAGGGUCAACCUUGAUGGCAUGGUCAACAUUCAUCAAAACCCUCCGCAGUUUCAUCACCGGCAAUAAAACAACCACAUCAGCUAACGACCUCCCACCACAAUCCUAUGCCGAAGCUGUCUCCGGAAAAGGUUUUUCUAUGAAUGGAGUUUGUUCAAUUGCUAUGGACGGAAACCAAGCGUACGUCAAGGUGGAAAGUGAUGGAGUGGAAGACCGACUGAAAUUCCUCGAACGAUGCGUCUUGAUUCGGCUUGUUGGCGCAGAUAAUGGCAAACUGUUUUCCAUAUCUUCCAUGAUUCCAUCCCACAACUUCAAGAAUGGAUAUACAAAACGUGGAUGCUGAAAAACGACUGCACCUUGACAGAUACUGGAGAUGAUCUACUUAUGCUUUUGUGCGCUAGUCAAACCGAAGCCAUAAGAGUUCUACAGACCAAAAUGACAAGCUUCCAAGGCUUCAACAUGAUUCUCAGCCCAUGGACGGAGGAAGCGGGUCGCACAAACUACUUGGAUUUCAAGAAUACUUUCUGGAUUGAGCUACUGGGUAUCCCAACCCAACUGAAGAGCCAAUCUCUCAUAAAAAAAACUUGGGGAAUUCAUCGGUGAAGUUCUGGAAGUUGAUAACAUAUCAUGGAGCUCUAACAAAGCUCGUGUGAAAGUGAAGACCGAUCGUGAUAUCCCACGAGAUAUCCCGGUCGUCUACGGCACCACCGUCUUUCCAGUUAUGACUUCGCCGGAAAAUCCGCCGCCGCCUAGUUCACGCACCUCUGACAACCGGGUCCUACAGGGAUGGAGGGCAAAGCAAUCAAUUGGGAAAUCACACAUAACAAGGCAUCUUGAUCCGCAACCUCCCUCUCUUAUCGAUCUGAAUAUUGAUGAGGUACCAUGUCCUGCUUCCUCUGCAAUGGCGCAGCCCUCUGCCUCCUAUUCAAUGCCGAGUUCUCCUUCAACAACCCACACCAUACACAAUAAUUCACCUAUUUUGAU